UAUAACCUCAUUAAAACAUUAUCGGCCGACUUGGAACAACCGCAAGUAACAACACCUGACCGAAAAUAUCUUCACCGCGACAGUUCAUCCACACGUGGGCAUUUCUUUUCUAAUGAUCCAUAUUUCAGUGUGAGAGGCGCAGAGAGAACACAGUACACUUCCCAUGUAAAAAGAUAUGUUAACAAUCUGCUUCCACCUCAAAUGAUAUGGCCGGAAGAAGCCAAGUCUUGCCCAAAGUUCCUACCCUAAAACAGUUCUUACCCGCCUCUCUCUCUCUCUCUCUCUCUGUCUUGGGAAGGCCUUGGUUUACUUGAAGCAACUAUGAAAUUGAACCGAUCUCAAAUGUGAAACCUACCUAUGUUCCUACCUAGUGAUUACCUGAAAGUGUGCAAAGUCAUUGAAGAGCGCACUUUACAAUGUCUUCGAUUGAGGCCCACCAAGCCUCCGGCAGUGGCGGCAUUGUUCCGCAGACUGCUCCGGCUGCGGUCUCAAGCCAAGAGAAUAAUUCUAUUGUCUCUUUACCCUUUAAUAUUUGUCGCAACCAAAGUUCCUAUACAACUCCGUCAUCCUCACACGAUGACUUAAAAAGCUCCUCCCAAGAGACACCAUUUGAUGGUGUCAACUUGGCCAAUGGAGAGUGUGAAAAGCAAACCAGACGCAACGAAAGUUCCUACAAUCCAUGUGACGUCGAAAAUAAGUUAAGUGCAAAGCCAAAGGAUGAAUGUGACACCAAUCGUGAUGUAGAAAAAUUUGGUGGAAAAAUUGUUUACACUCGUAAUGGUUCUGCAUAUAUAAUAGCAACCCCCGAUAUAUCUGACGAAGAAUUUGUGGCCAAGCAUGAGGGAACAAUAAUGGACUCGUUGGAUCCCACUGAUCCAAAGGUCGGCCAAGAGUCCCCUGCUUACCCGGUGAUUUCCAAUGCUGUGUACAUCACUAAAAGUGAGGCGUAUUACAAGGCCUUACAAAGUCAAGCGUGUGAAUUAGGGCUCGAGCGCAGGCUACCUGACCCGCCUUACGACACGCCCAUAGUUCAUAGUUAUAAGGUCAUUUCUAUGCAUCAAGAGGAGAAGCCAGCUAAAGGCGAUCAUCAAUCAUCAAUCUCUCCCGUAAUCCCCGAUUUCGCCACUCCCGUUGUGCCAAUCAAGCCAAUUCUAAUGUGCUUCAUAUGUAAACUGUCGUUUGGGUUCGCAGACUCGUUUCAAACUCAUUGCGAACAAGAGCAUCACUUGGAGCUUAAAAACCAAGAGAAACUAAUAAUGGAAUCCAAAAAUGCUUCAGCCAUCAUUCAAAUGGUCAAAACCGAAUCUACUCAAACACCAACUGUCUCGUUCUUGGAACCAGUCUCAACCACCACCCCUCCUCCAUUGUCAAAUGAAUCUAGUCACUCAGAGGAUGUUUCUAAGGCGAAUAACGAGUGCAAAGAAAAUCUGUCGCACAGUGUUAUUAAGGGGCUUCUAUCGGCCGCGUUAACCUCCCAGAUGGCUGCGGCUGCUGCCGUGUCCUCCGUGUCAGGUGCCUCGACGACCGCCUCUUCAUUGGCGGAUAUUCCUCGUUCUAGUGCAUUUUGUUCCAUGUCCCCUUCGGGUUUGGGUUCUCCCCUGGAAAGCAUGCCGUUUCCCAUGUCUUUGCGGCGAAGUUUCACGCCCAAUGAGGCGGUGGGUAGUCCAGUGAGCUCGAUUCAUCCGUCAUCGAUCCCUUCGAAUGCCAACAUGCUUCAAGGGACCACCAUUGGAGCUUGCCCUGACCAUGUGAAUGGCCGCAAAGCGGGGGUGGAGUGUCAUAAUUGUGAUGUUAUUUUGAACCGAAUGCCCGGUAGCAUGGGUUGGAACACGGCUCGUAACUCUUGCAAAACCCUAAAGUGCCCCAAAUGCAAUUGGCAUUAUAAGUAUCAAGAGACAUUAGAGAUUCACAUGAAGGAAAAACACCCGGAAAGUGAGACCUCGUGCAUUUACUGUAUCACGAGUCAACAACAUCCUCGCCUGGCUAGAGGAGAAACCUAUACUUGUGGUUAUAAACCAUAUCGAUGUGAAGUUUGCAACUACUCGACGACCACCAAAGGAAAUUUGUCGAUACAUAUGCAAUCGGAUAAGCACCUGAAUAACAUGCAAGAGCUCCAGAAUGGUGGACUGCUCACCAACCACGAUGGGCAACGCUUGCCAGGAUCAACUUUUGUUGGUGGCAUGUCCAAAGCCAAAUCAAGUUGGAAGUGCGAUGUAUGUAAUUACGAAACUUCUGUGGCUAGAAACUUACGAAUUCACAUGACCAGUGAGAAGCACACGCACAAUAUUCUAGUACUCCAGCAAAAUUUAAAGAACGCAGGACAAAUCAACCAAGAGGGCAGGAAUUUGAGUCCAAUCCCCGGCUUUUACCCAAUGUUUCCCGGUCUCGAUCAAAUGAACCCGUCACCCCCGGUGAGCUACCCUAACUCCCCGGACAAGAACUUCAUGCUCCAAAACCAACCGGAAGCCGCUCUGGCCGAUAUGGCAUACCUCCAGGCGGUUAUGAUGCAGCUCGUAAAUAGUGGUUACGCUUUCGGCUCACGUCCACCCUUUGGAAACAUUGAACGCCCAUGCAUACCUCCCAUGAAUAUGAACCCAGGGUCCGAAACCUUCACUGAACCCGAGGAUCCGAAUCCCUCGACUCUUUUCAGCUGCUGCAUUUGCCGCGACUUUGGCUGCGAGUCGUUCGACCAAUUGUCUCAACAUCUCACUCAAGAUCGAUCCAAAGGAGGUGAAAUGGAGGUCUCGAUCUUCCUGGCUGGAAAUUUCAUCUGCAAGCUCUGCAACUACAAGACCACGUUGAAGGCCAAUUUCCAGCUCCAUUGCAAGACUGACAAGCACCUCCAGCGAUUGGCCAUUUUCAAUCACAUCAAAGAGGGCGGCCAACGAAAUGAAUGGAAAUUGAAACACAUGAACACUUCCAAUCCCGUUCAUGUGCGAUGCAAUGCGUGUGAUUUCGAAACCUUCAGUCUACACAAGCUCCAACUGCAUGGAGCCAAUCAAGGCCAUGAGAUCUCCACGGUCUUGUUUACCCAUUUGAAGAAUGCGGAAGCGAAUACGUCCUCGGAGAAACGAACGUAUCGUUGCUCGCUGUGCAACUUUGGUUCGAGCAGCAAAAUAAAGCUCAUGCAACACGUGAGAACCAGCAGCCAUCUCCAAAUGGAGCAGAUUCAUCAAAUGAAGAAACGCUCCGAAGGGAUGGACGAAAACACAGAGAUAGGCGAAAUCUUUCAAGUGCACGAAAACAAAGAACCUCUCGAGCGAGCACAUUCAGACUUGAAGUCACCGAUGGGUGGGAAAAGGCGACUCUCUUCCCCCGUGCAAGAAAAGAAAUGCCCACUUUGCCAAGAAUUACACUCGGAUUACCUGAGCCUGGAGAAGCACGUGAAUCAGGUCCAUUCUGUGAAUCCCGAUGGAUUAAAAAGAUUGAUGGUGUUGAUAGAUGGAUGUCGAUGGCUAGCGGCCACCGAUAAAAGUAGUAGCUCUCCCCCUUCAUCCACCACGUCAUCACCCUUUAAAGACGAAGAAAAAGGUGUCAGCGGACAAGGAGGUCUUGGUCUCAAUCAAGAAGGAGGCGGCAACACCACCGCCAGCAACAACAUCAACGGUAACAAUGGGAUGGUAGAGGCCGGUCCAGAGGAAGCUAACAACAGAGAGAGCGAAAGCAAAGCCAUUGAAGACGACUCAAACUUGAUGGCAAUGGCAGCAAUGACAACAACCUCAGCAACGAUGGGAGGUGGUGGGAAAGAGGACAAGAAGACGGCUCCCAACCUCACACAAGACAAAGGGUCCCCAUUUCGGAAGCUGGAAAAGACGCUGCACUAUCCAAUGGAGAAAUACUUGGAUCCCAAUCGCCCCUAUAAAUGUGACGUUUGUAAGGAGUCCUUCACUCAAAAGAAUAUCCUCUUGGUGCACUACAACUCGGUGAGUCAUCUUCACAAGUUGAAAAAGUCCUUGCAAGAGCAAAAGGGAUUACCCACGACAGGAUCUCAAUUAGAGAAUGCAAUCAACAACCUCCGCAAAGACGAUGACGAUGGCGAAUCGAAGCCAUUCAAGUGCAAUAUAUGUAAAGUAGCUUACAGUCAGUGCUCUACCUUGGAUAUCCACGUCAGAUCUGUACUUCAUCAGACCAGGGCCGCACGCAUUCAAGAGCUGGCCUUUUCCGGGCAAAUCGACCUAAGUCAGCCUUUGAUGGAACACUCCGAUCAAAGCCUCAAUUUGGAUCCGGGCACACAUGUGGGUUUGGACUCGCUAAGUUUCAAAGCACAAUCCUCACCUAGAGUCCCCUCGAGAAACUCUCCGUCAAGUGACAACGUCAUAUCUCGUCAUGCGCAAAAUAGGCCAUUGAAUUCUCGAGAGCUUGACGACUCCUUAUCACCCGCCUCUCCCACUUCAAAGAGCAUGACCGAUUUGUUACUUGCUAACCAAGACCAAGCCCAGCAAAACCAACAUCUUUUGUCAUUUCUGCAAAGCUUGCCAAAUCUGACUUCAGGGUCAGAUGGUUCACUCCCGAUAAAAAGCGAAGAAUUGAAAACCCUGCUCAAUUCUCCCGAUUCGAAGCGCUCUCAAGUUUUAAAGAAUCUGUUACAAAACUACGGUUUUGAGCUCGUCAUGCAAUUUAAUGAGUACCAUCAGCGCAGGAUACAAAAAGAGAAAGAGGAAGCUGACAAACUUAUCAAUGAGAAGGAAAGUCCUGCCCUCGAAAUGAAAGAAACUCCCAAGCCUUUAGUCCAGGUUAAAGUCGAACAGCCGAAAUUGGGUAGUGGCCCUACUGCGCAAUCCAUCUCCGACACCGAUUCUUCCAAUCUGAUUGAGCCCAAGUCGAAAUGCCCCAUUUGCAAUAAGCAGUUCUCGAGUAUAUGGGUUUUGAAAGCCCACAGUGAAGAAAUUCACAAGACCGUUGUUCCACCAGAGUUCCUGGAAAGGUAUGCCAAAGAGAUACGAGGCAACAUUGAUAUGGAGUCGGACUCUGAAUCUAAGGAGGAGCCCAACAAAACUUCCAAAGAGCGGUCAGUAUCGGACUCAGAGAACUCUCUCAACACACCCAGUCCCAAGUAUCAGAAUGAUACUGUUUCGGAUCGCACCGAAACGGAUCAAGAGAGUUCGCAUCAGGAGCAUCCCGCCGUUUCCAGUUCCAUUGCUCAAAAUGCAUUUCAAAAGGCCUUGUCCGCCGCUCAGCAGCAAUCCCAAUCCAUCAAUCCCUUCAUGUUGCAAAUUUCGCAAUUGCAAGGGAUGAAUCCCCUCGUAGCCAUGAAUCUUCAACCCCCUCUCAUCCCACCCAAUCGUUUCAACGGAACUGGUACCAACCACGAAAACAUAAUGAAAUUACUGGCCACAAUGCAAACGCUAAAAUCAGGAGGGCCUCUACCCUCGAACAUCGCAGCUCCGACAACUGAGCCACCAAACACUAACCUUGAGACCCAAACUCGAAUGAAACCUAAAAUUCCAUCUCAUUCCGUGGGAAUGGAUGCGAAAGUCCAUUUGCCACCGGACCAAAAUGCUAGGUUUGAACCAUUGUUUCCAUUCUUAGGAGGGGCGCCUAAUUUUGCUGGUUUAGGGGCACCUCCCGAGUUCCAACAGUUGUUGCACCCCCAUCACCAACAGCAGCUUCUUCAAGAGCAACAACAACAACAACAACAACAGCAGCAGCAGCAGCAGCAGCAACAAAAGAUGUCGAUGUAUUCUCAACCCGAACAAACAAAACGAGCUCGAACGAGAAUCACAGAUGAACAAUUGCAGGUUCUUCGAUCUUACUUUGACAUAAAUAAUUCGCCCACAGAAGAGGCCAUAUCAGUUAUGACUGGUAAAACCGGGUUGCCACCCAAGGUAAUCAAACAUUGGUUUCGGAACACCCUUUUUAAAGAACGUCAAAAGAACAAGGACUCCCCGUACAAUUUCAACAACCCUCCAUCAACGUUACUUAACUUGGAAGAAUAUGAAAAGUCAAACGACUCGAGGUUAUCCGCGACCACCCCUGGGCCUAUCUGUACAAGCAAUUCAAAUGGCCCGGGCGAGGACGCCAAGCUUGAAGAAAAUACGUCUGAGAGACACGCUAAUGAGAUGAGCACUCCCACUCCAACUCACAACAUGGCAAACAAGUCUGCUAUGGAAGAUUCGUUCCAACCCUCCUCGACCUCGUCUACUCCGGGUUUGCCUCCCGGGAGUCCAAUGUCGGUCAAUAACUCGAUAGAGAGCCCAUCCCUGAACGGUUCCGCUCUUUCACACAUGUUUUCCAAUCAAAUUGGACAAAAUUCUCAAGGACUUCUCUCGCAACAAUCAUUAGCUCCCAAUUUUCCCCUCAUUCCUACAUCGUUGGGAAAUAUGACUGGUCAAAUUCCUAAUUUCUUGAACCCACUCUCGAGCAUGAUGGGAGGUGGAGAGCUCCAUUCCGGUCAGCGCAGCCCGCAAUCUCAGCAUGGAACCCCCUCGCCCGGAAAACGAGCCAACCGAACGAGAUUUACGGACUAUCAAAUCAAGGUCUUGCAAGAGUUCUUUGAAAACAAUGCCUACCCCAAAGACGAUGACUUGGAGUACUUGUCCAAGCUGCUGCACCUCAGUCCUAGAGUCAUAGUGGUAUGGUUCCAAAAUGCUCGGCAAAAGGCCAGAAAGAUAUACGAAAACCAGCCUCCUUUGGACCCUGCCGAAGAUGGCUCCGGCAGAUUCACUCGCACACCUGGUUUGAAUUACCAGUGCAAGAAAUGUCUUCUAGUCUUUCAAAGGUACUAUGAGCUCAUUCGUCAUCAAAAGCAGCAUUGCUUCAAAGAGGAGGACGCGAAGCGGUCAGCUCAGGCUCAAAAAGCCGCUGCUCAAGCGGCCGCUCAAUUUUCCUCCGCAACAACUUGUGGAAGCACCGUAUUGACACCCCAUUCUGAAGACAGCAAUUCCAGCUUUUGUAUGGACCGACGAAUGUCUUCACCCAUGAUGUUUAACAAUAAUGCAGGGGGCAGACAAUCCUUUGAUGGAUCGGACGACUCGCCAAUGGAGAGCCCUUUCCGUCAAGAAGACGAUGGCAAAAAGAUCACCCCCUCCAUGUUUGAUCAACUAACUCGAGCCAAUCCUUUGGAAAACAUGGACAAAGUGGCAGCGACUGCAUCAUUUCCUACCUAUUCAACCUCCAGUCCUUUCGGCCUUCUUCAGCAAAAAGCAUUUAAUCACUUUUCGUGCAAAGAUAGAGAUUCCGACGACUUUGAUAAUGAAAGCAUCACCAGCUCUCCUUCUUCUAAGCGCAAACUGUCCGAUGAUGGUGACAUGGAAGAAAAAGACGAGUCAGGACAGCCUCGAGACAAGAGAUUAAGGACCACCAUUCUUCCCGAGCAAUUAGAUUUUUUGUACCAAAAAUAUCAAAUUGAAAGUAAUCCCAGCCGCAAGAUGUUGGAACAAAUUGCCAAUGAGGUUGGUCUACGGAAACGAGUGGUUCAAGUGUGGUUCCAAAACACUCGAGCUCGAGAACGAAAAGGUCAAUUUCGAGCUCAUCAGCAAGUCAUUAACAAGCGUUGUCCUUUUUGUCCGGCCCUUUUCAAGGUCAGAUCGGCCUUGGAGUCUCAUUUAGGCACUAAACACUCAGACCAAUACAUCAAGGGCGAGAUUAUCAUUGAUGAACUCCCAGAUGCCGAAGAGUUCAGUUCUGAAAACGAGUUUCCCAAGCCAGCCAACACAGGUGGGCCCAUGAUGAGGCUUCAGAACUCGGAGUUCCAACCUAUUGCCUCACCAGUGCAUGACCUUGGGGAAUCAAUGCGAAAAUAUUACGAGGACACUAUGAAGCGAUACAUGAACGAUCUUCAGACAUCAGGAGCUCUUCAAGAGCAAAACUUGUCUUCCAAUAUGAAACGAGAUUCCCCGGCGUUAGACUUGAGUUCCUUGUAUUGUCAACCAGCCAUGGACUUAACCAACAAUAGAAAUUUCAAUAACGAAAACCCCGAAGAACACUCCGAGUCCACCAUGGAGACCAUUGAAAACCGCAUGUCGGAUGCUGAUGACGAGAACCAUAACUUGGAUGGCAACAUGAGCCCAUCUUCACCUGCUCAUCAUCAUCACGGCGGUGAGGGCGACAGCUCGUGCGGCAACGGUAAAAGUAAUCAUGACCAAAUGUCCAAUAGUAAGCGGUUCCGAACCCAAAUGUCAAACAUUCAAAUUAAAGUCAUGAAGAGCGUCUUCGAACACCACAAAACUCCAACGAUGAGUGAAUGCUCCACUCUGGGCAAGACCAUUGGGCUUCAAAAGCGAGUGGUCCAAGUGUGGUUCCAGAACGCUCGAGCGAAGGAAAAGAAGAUAAAGCAGCAGUUACAGAAAUUGAUGGGACAUGAGCCAGCAAACUUUCCCGUUGCGAAAGAGUGCCUAGUUUGUGGAGUUCCUUGCCCUUCAGAGGAUCAUAUGUUUAGCAAGGAUCAUCUCCACAAGAUAAUGAAAGCCAUGGAAGAGGGUCAAAUUGAACCAGAGUCUCCGGGAGAAAAACUUAAUGCCUUGUUGGUCCAACUCCAAUCCACGAUGGCUCCGUCAAACAUGUCAAACACGAAAUCAGCCGUUUCAGAGGUCCAACAAACGACGAAUGCAAACUUCAACUCGGUUGGAUCAACGCGAGAGUCUCCUUGUAAUCUGUAGAGCUUCGAUGGGAUCUCUAAUUUCGGACAACGCAUUCUUCCGUGCAUUCAAUCGGGCAUUCAAUCAUACCUAAUUCCUACAACCAUUACAACCUUUCAAUCUAACUCAAACACUGCUAUUGAAGUCAUUGUACAUCUGAUAGUUCCUAAUUCUACAACAUCUAUGAUAAUUAUGCAUUGCCUACAUUUAAGGUAUCGAAAGAAACCAAAGUUCCUAGCCAAUGAAAUGAAAAUGUUCCUUGAUCAACCAAAUGUGAAAAAAAGAAAAAAAGUGUACAGAGCUUGUAAAAGACGGACAAAUUCCAAUAAUGUUCCCGACUAGUUAUUUACUCCUGCAAUAUCUAAUCUUUGACCUAACUGUCCUUUUGAUAAGUUGUGUUAUCAAUUCUGAAGCUUCCGUUUGUUCCCCAGUCAUGAUAAUGAUUAUAACAACAAUCUCCAGUUGGUUUGUACUUGGUGAAAACAGCGUGCAUGUCGAACAACCUCCAAGGUCGAGUCGAAAAUGACAUUCAAUGAUUACAUGCAUGGUUAUGAUUACGAUUAUUAUUGAUCUGAUUCCGAUUAUUAUCAUUAUGGUACUGUUGAUAACAAUUAUAUACUCAUUGUGAAUUCAAUGUUAAGUAUGACUUUAUCUCCUCUUUCUUCAAAUGAACGCAUUUCUGUCAAAUAUCUGCAGGAAUAGCUCCUCACUCACCAAUAGGAACACAAGCAGAUUGCGAGGGAAUCAAAUAUCACACUACUGAAGUUCGUACAAAAUUCUCCAGGAAAAUAAAUAAAGCGAUAUCCCAUA